AAAGGUUGGAAUUUCCAUCAAACAGUUCCGGACCAAACAAAGGGAUUUCGGCCCAAAAAACACCAAAUAAAUUGAUUAAAAUCUAGAAUUAUGUCCAUGUCUGGCGCUGGGCCUUCAAGCCCUUCUGGGGUGGUGCGAAACAGCGCGCUAGCCUUCGUAGACGCCCAACAACCGCAGGCUGCGCACACGCAGGACGAAUGUAUGCAGGACACGUCUAGGGACCAAAUGGGGCAGACUGACAGAAUGCCAAUGCCUGCUGGAUUGAAAGCCUUAUGUGAGGUGUACUCCAGACUGUAUCCUGAUCAGCCAAACCCCUUGCAAGUUACGACUAGGCUGAAAUACUGGUUAGGUGGCCAUGAUCCUUUGGACUAUAUCAGUAUGUACUGGAACCCCGGCAAACCGGAAGAGAACAUACCUCCACACUGGCAUUACGUCAGUUUCGGCAUAUCCGACCUCCACGGAGACGGACGGGUCCAUCCGCCGUCACGCGAUGGGUCAUCAGGCCUCGGUCUAGAACUGACGUUUCGGUUGCACGCCGAUGGACAUUCAUCGCCUCCGCUAUGGCCCGCUGCGUUGCUGCAGGCGACUGCUAGAUACAUGUUUACUUAUAACAACAAAUUCUGCGCCGGCGACCACAUAUCCUGGCACGCGCCGCUUGACCCGCGCGCGGCGUCACGCGUGCGACACUUGCUCGUCAGCAGCGACCCGCAGCUGGCGCCCGCGCGCACGCCGCAUGGCGCCGUCCAGUUCCUACAGUCCCGCGUGCGACACUUGCUGGUCAGUAGCGACCCACAGCUGGCGCCCGCGCGCACGCCGCAUGGCGCCGUCCAGUUCCUGCAGUCCCGCGUGCGACACUUACUCGUCAGCAGCGAGCCGCAGCUGGCGCCCGCGCGCACGCCGCAUGGCGCCGUCCAGUUCCUGCAGUCACGCGUGCGACACUUGCUCGUCAGCAGCGACCCGCAGCUGGCGCCCGCGCGCACGCCGCAUGGAGCCGUCCAGUUCCUGCAGUUAGUGGGUUGCACUGGCAGGGAGCUGAGGGCAGCGCAAAGAGGAUCUGGUUUCGACGUUUUAAAACUCAUUAGUGAAGACCCGAGAUGUGACGCAGGCUCAUGGUUAGUGACUCGAGUAAAUCGCCGAGUUUCUGCGCGCGGCGUGCGGCUCGCACCGGGCGCGCCUGCUCAGCUGGCUGGAGUUUCGGCGAGGCUGCAAUGGGCCGCCGUCGCAGGGGCCCCCACAGAAGCAGAACCCAGCCCUCCCGAGCUGCCGGCGUGUGUCGAACAACAGAUUAAAGACACGCUGCAGCGAGGACUUAGCAGCAUGAGUUCAGAACGGACUGGACCUGAAGGUCACAUGUCGACAGAUAGCUUCGAAAUGUCAAGCAUUGAGAGAGCACUGCCGCAUGUGCCAGAAUUAAUGCAGGACUCCCGCAGUGAAGGGCUCGUGGAAUACUUCGACGAGGUCCACAUAGUCAUGAACGCAGAAGGCGCUAGCUUGCUACCACUGGCUAUAGAUGGUCGCGUGUCCCACGGCCGCCAUUUCACGUGGCGGGAAGGCGAGCGGGCAGUGACGCUGGUGCCGCCCUCUGUGGCCGGCGCUAUAGCCACGCCCGCGCGUCCGUUAGCCGCUAGCGGGGCUUGGCUACAGGUGCUAAUACCAAAGGAGCUAGCCGAAGACAUGUCCAAAAAGGUCUCCCAUCUUUCCCAACUGGCCGAAACCGACUCAGAAUCGGACUCCGAUGAGGAAGCGAGCAAGCAAUCUCCAGAACCUAUAAUGCUGCCUCUCACUCUAUCCUGGCCUAAAUACAGGAUCAAAAUCACGGUCGUGAAAAACCAUGAGCUGUUAUAAAUUAUGUAGUUAACGUUUUUCAAGGCAAAAGUGAAUAGGUUUUUUUAUCCACAAUGAGGAAGCUCUUGGCCUGUAUUUCACCUGAUGGUAAGUGAUGAUCAGGCCGAAGGUGGAAGCGAGCUUCACCCGGAAUCCUCAACCACGGAGGAACUGGCUAUCUUACCUCUAACUGUCAGAACACAACAAUGCUGUUAACAUUGUUGUUAUGGCGACAGACUUACGUAAGGUGGUGGUAUAUAUGGUUGAAUAGAGCUCUGUGAUUGGUUCGUGUGUCACCCUGUGCGUCCACGCGCACUGUGAGACCUCGUAAUGUUUGUGUAUACAGGCCAGGGCAGAUAUAUACCGUACUAGACUGCAUCUCACUUAACAUCAGGUGCGAUUGCGGUCAAAUACCUGCUUUGUUCUGUAUAAAAAAACUUGUAGGUAAAUAAAGGACUAGUACAGUUUUUGUUAUAUAAGUAGGUAUUUUGAUGUCAAAUAUCAAUGGACGUAACUUUAUUAGCAUCGUUUAAAAUCUUGUGCAUAAAAAAAACCUAUAAUCGAUAAAGGUAUACCUCCAUACCAUAAUCAAGGUAGGUAUGGACAUAUAUUUUCUUGUACAGCUUAUAUUAUAAUUAUUAUUGUACAUGUAUAUUAAAAGUUGUUAAACAUAGUGUAAUAGAAUCUCAGGGGGUAGGAAAAAUCAUAAAAAUGCUUUAACCAACUGCUUUUAAACCAAUAAAUGUAAAUUUUGUAUUAAA